AUCACGCCUCCCUCAAAUAAAUCGAUUGUCCCCCAAUCAACUCUCAAUCAAUCAGAGCCAACCUUCACAUUUCACUUGGUCAGAAAUGUAACAACCCCGACGAAACAAUGUGCGGGGCAAAACCAGCAAGAAUGGAUCGGGAUCCUUAUCCUGGCAUGGCAUCCUCGGCUGUGUACAACACAGGAAGGUCUUUCCUCGAUCAACUCAAUCCGGCGAUGAUCAACCCCUGGAACCUACCAAUCAUGGCUCAGCCACCAGAGAGUAGACUCGACCGAUCAGAGACAGGACAUCAUGGAUCUGCUGAACUUGCAGCGUCAUUGCAUCAUACAACAGAGCAGCGCAUCGAACUAUCGGAGUUCAUCUGUUCUGGCUCAAGGAGCCACACGGUGCUCUGUGCUCAUGAGAGCAAAACGCAAGACAAGACAAAAAACACCAACCCAACGCCUCCCCACCCCCAAACCAUCAUGAGGCAACAGACACACAGACACACAGACACACAACAGACGACAGAUAAGACCCCCCAUAUUGGCAGUCACAUCUCGCGUGAGUACCAUGACCACUCACAACAAAAGAAAACCCACCACCACCGACGAUCAGCACGACGAUCAUCAAGCCCCCCCCCGACACGGACACCUCCCGGCCGCCCAAUGAGGAAGAUAUUCCCUGAGCUGGCAUACCUUCUGAAAUCGGCCUGGUCGGAUAAUUGACUGGGGGUGGGACAUAACUCCUGCUAUCGUUGUUGUAUUGUAGAUGUUCUGAUAUCCGAUCGUGUAAU